GUGCAGCAAAGAUCAAAGCUCCGCUCUACUAAAGUUCAAGAAAACUCUUACUGAUCCCUACUCUUAUAUGAGUUCAUGGAAUAUGAGCAAAGAUUGAUGCUCAUGGUAUGGAGUCGUAUGCGAUGAGAUGACUGGGCAUGCUAUUGAGCUUGACCUCCAAUUAAACGGUCUAGCUGGGAAGAUUGAUUCCAAUAGCAGCCUAUUCCAACUCUCUCAUCUCCAAAGGCUUGAUCUUUCUUUGAAUAACUUCUCUAAUUCUCACGUCUCCCCUGAAUUCGGCAGGUUUCCGAGCUUGAUGCAUCUUGAUCUUUCCAACUCUAAUUUCUCAGGUCAAAUUCCUUCUGAAAUCUCUCAUCUUUCCAAGUUACAGUCUCUUCGCCUCUCCCCAUCAUUAGUAAAUGAUCUAGCAUUUGCAGCCCAUGAUUUUAAAUUGCUCCUUCAGAAUUUGACCCAAUUAAGAGAGAUUGAUCUUAGUUUCAUAAACAUCUCUUCCACCAUUCCUCCGAUUUUUUCUUCUCAUUUAACAACUCUGGAUCUGGGAAAUACAGGAUUGUAUGGGAUAAUACCUGAGAGUAUAUUUCACCUUCCCAACUUGGAAACACUCGACUUAAGUUACAAAUAUGAGCUCAGUGGUUAUUUUCCAAAGACCCAAUGGAACAGCACUGCAUCUCUCAUAGAUUUAGAUCUCAGUGGCGUGAAUUUUUCUGAUAAUUUUCUUGAAUCUAUUGGCUAUCUAACUUCACUGCAUUCUUUGUCUCUUACAAAUUGCAAUCUUAGAGGGCCUAUUCCUGAAUCUCUUAUGAAUCUCACCCGCAUAGAGGAUUUGAACCUUCAAUAUAACUCCCUGAAUGGAACAAUACCAUCAGGGAUGUUCUCCCUUCCAUCACUAAGAUUUUUAUGUUUGGAUAAUAACCACUUUUCUGGUCAGUUUGAGGAUUUCAAUUCCAAUUCACUAAGCUGGAUUGAUUUAAGCAAUAAUCAGUUGAAAGGCCGUCUUCCCAAAUCAAUUAAAAACCAUGUGAACCUAACAUAUCUUGAUCUUUCUUUCAAUAAUCUUAGUGGCCAUGUGGAUGUCAGCUUCUUUUCAGACAGCUUUCGUUUCUUAGUCUUUCACACAAUAGUAUCUCAUUCACUAAUGAAAAGGAAGUUAAAUCUACUUUAUCUGAAUCUCUUGAGACGUUACGAUUGGCCACAUGUGAAGUAA